AUGCCGAUUUAUCCACACAAUAAUGGUCCCAUCACCGUCAAUAUUGGAGAAGGCCGUGAUCAUUUAGAGGGAGCCUUUUCUGGGUCAAUUUCAGUUUCACCAUCGACGGUUGUUUCUAGCCCCCAUUCUUUGGCUGGAUCUUAUAGAAGGCCUAGCUUCUUCACAGCAGGCCCAAGAGGGACCGUUGUUCCGCACUCCCGGGAGCAGGACCGUGAGGCAUUAGUGGACUGGGAGGUGGAGCAGGCGUUGGAGGAGGAACGGGACUUACUGGAAGACAAUCAUGUUAUUCCUCCAGAGCGCCACCAUGGGAAAGCGGCUAUUUUCCAAAACCAGAUCAGUGGCCUGCUGUCCCAGAAACUGAAAGCGUCAGAGACGGCUGUCCCGCGAGGAGACGAAGAAUCUAUCCAGCCAAGGGAUUCCGAGAGUGCCCCUGGCUCCAGUGCCACUGAAACUACUGCCCUUUUGGUAUCACCUAGGCGACAUGGUGACCAUGUCAGCCCCACUGACGUCGACAGAAAAUGGGAGGAAGCAGUUGAAGCAGGGUUAAUCUACACAACAUGGAGUCGGGAAGCGAAAGUUUUGACCAAAUAUACUGCCCCGUUGGUGGCCACGUUUCUGCUGCAAUAUUCCUUGACGGUUGCCAGCAUCUUUACAGUUGGGCAUCUUGGGAAAGUAGAGCUCGGAGCCAUGUCCCUCGCGAGCAUGACUGCCAACAUCACGGGCUACUCGAUAUAUCAAGGCCUCGCUACAAGCCUGGACACUCUUUGCGCCCAGGCUUUUGGUUCGGGAAACAAAGACCUGGUUGGACUGCACAUGCAGAGAAUGGUGUACUUUCUCUGGGUCCUGACAAUUCCCAUUGGCUUUGUAUGGUAUUUUGCAGAUAAGAUAUUGACGGUUAUCAUACCUGAUAAAGAGGUCGCAAUGCUUGCAGGUCUAUAUCUUAAGGUCGUCCUCCUUGGUGCCCCGGCGUAUGCGUGUUUUGAAAGUGGGAAACGGUUUGUCCAGGCGCAAGGUCUUUUUUCUGCGGGAUUAACAGUUCUCUUAAUAUGUGCUCCUUUCAAUGCAUUUAUGAAUUGGUUUUUUGUCUGGAAACUUGGGUUAGGUUUCGUUGGUGCUCCACUGGCAGUUGUCAUAACCGAUAACCUCCUCCCAAUAUUCCUCUUUUUAUACGUCUAUUUCAUUGCCGGGAAGGAGUGCUGGAACGGCUUCACUAAACGGGGUUUCCAGAACUGGGGCCCCAUGGUGCGUCUGGCACUUCCGGGGUUCCUUAUGGUUGAAGCUGAAGUUCUUGCAUUUGAGCUCCUAACGCUCGCUUCGAGCUACUUCGGCACCACUGUGCUUGCCGCCCAAUCUGUUCUUUCUACGAUAUCAGCCAUCGCCUUCCAGAUCCCAUUCCCUCUCUCCAUCGCCGUCAGCACUCGAAUCGCCAAUCUCAUCGGUGCAACAUUGACCAACGCUGCCCGUUCAUCUGCCAAAAUUGCUAUGGUCGGUGCCGUUGGCGUUGGUCUGUUGAAUGUUAUAGCCCUCUCGGUACUGAGAAGCCCCAUCCUCCGCCUUUUUACGUCCGAUGAAGAAGUUGCUACAAUGGUCGCCCAGAUCCUACCCCUAUGUGCCUCGUUCCAGCUUGUUGACGCCCUCGCAACUAGUUGCAACGGCAUCCUCCGGGGCCUUGGGCGUCAGGAGAUUGGUGGCUAUAUCCAGCUAUUCUGCUACUAUGCCGUGGCUAUGCCAAUUAGUAUGGGUACAGCAUUCGGACUAGGGUGGCACCUCUGGGGGCUUUGGACAGGUGUUGCUGUUGCGUUACUCCUGGUUGCUCUCAUCGAAGGCGUGUACUUGACCCGCACGGACUGGGAAAUUUCAGUCCGCGAUGCGAGGAAGAGGAUCGCCAUGGCGUAA